AUAGUACUUCCGGUAUUGAGACACUCGUGGUAAAAGUGAAAUAUCUAUCGUAUUGUUUAAGGUUGUAAGCAAAUCUACAAAGAUGAAACCUAUUCUACUCCAUGGCCACGAGAGAGCCAUAACACAGAUUAAAUACAACAGAGAAGGUGAUCUCAUAUUCUCAGCAGCAAAAGACCCACAACCAAAUGUAUGGUUUUCCCUGAAUGGAGAAAGACUAGGAACAUUUCGAGGCCACACAGGGGCAGUUUGGUGUUUAGAUGUAAACUGGGACACAACUCGUGUUCUGACUGGGGCAGCUGAUAAUACACUGAAGAUAUGGGAUUGUGAGACAGGCAAAACACUGGUCAGUUUGAACUCACAGACAGCUGUCCGAACAUGUGGCUGGUCAUACAGUGGAAGGAUGUGUAUGUACACAACAGAUCAAACCAUGGGUCUGCCCUGUGAAAUACACAUAUUUGAUGCUUCAGACCCUUCACAAAUGAGUUCAAACAACCCUGCAAUGAUGAUUCCAAUCUCUGGGCAGAUGAGCAAAGUCACAUCAGCUAUUUGGGGCCCAUACGAAGAAUACAUUGUCACAGGCCAUGAAGAUGGAGAUUUAUGUCAAUUUGACGUCAAGACUGGAAAAUUAUUAAAUUCUGUCAGAGAGCACAAGCAGAUAAAUGACAUACAAACUACAAGUGAUUACUCCAUGGUCAUAACAGCAUCAAAAGAUACAUCUGCUAAGUUAUUUGACAUGGCAACAUUGAAACACAUGAAGACCUACAAGACUGACAGACCGGUUAAUUCAGCUGCUGUUUCACCAAUCAGAGAUCAUGUUGUGGUGGGAGGAGGACAGGAAGCCAUGGAUGUGACGACGACAUCAACAAGGAUAGGAAAAUUUGACGCCAAAUUUUACCACCUAGUGUUUGAGGAAGAAUUUGGGAGGGUAAAAGGACAUUUUGGGCCAAUUAACAGCGUAGCUUUUCACCCAGAUGGAAAAAGCUACAGCAGCGGCGGUGAAGACGGUUAUGUCCGAGUACAUUAUUUUGACCCUUCUUAUUUCGACUUCGAGGUGGAAUACUGAUGUCUGAAGAGCCUAAAACUAUUUAAAUAUAACUGAAAAACUGCAAAAUCGAAAUAUCGUCUGAGACGGAAAGCUGAAUGACCAAGGGAAAAAUCAAUAAAUCAGAAAAU